GUGCUACGGAGCUUCUGGUCAGGACUUCCUCCCACCUGCAUUGUUCAAAGAUGGGGGCAAGUCCUCAGUCAGUGCUUGUCUGAUCUGUUUGCUUGGAUUAAGGAAAAAGAGUCUGUCCCAGACAACUGGGGCAGUCGGUGAUGGUGCCCAUUUCGAAAAAGGAGCUCGUCACAUCUCUCAGUGUUGUGUAACUUUACACAAAUUCACUCCUUGGUUCACUUUACCACCCCGCCACUGUACCUCUUCAUCUCCCAACAGGGAACGUGAUGAACAGGAGUGGCUGGCACGUGAAGCUCGUGCUCAGCAGGAGUGGGCUGAAGAACAGCGCCGCCGAGAAGAAACCAGACAGAAAGAGAUAGAGACACAGGACAUUGUUUCGGUUGAGUCGGAUGAUACGACCGACCUACCGCCGUGGCAUCACCCUCCGUUACCUUCAACCGUACCUGUACCACCAGUAACUCUUCCGACCUACCGCCGUGGCAUCACCCUCCGUUACCUUCAACCGUACCUGUACCACCAGUUAACUCUUCCAAUCGCCCACCACAAGAACGGUGCAGCUUUUUUCGCAAAACAGGAACAUGCCGUUACGGGUUUAGGUACUCUGUCUGCGGAUGAGGAAUCUGCGCUGUGUGCGGAUUACGUGGAAUUCUAUCACGAUGUCCGGGAUGAACUGGAGGCUCGAUGGGGUCGUGUGGCUGCUCUGCGCACCUGUCGAAAUCGGACUGAACAUCUACGUGGCACCGUUUACGUGGAAUUCGCCUUGGGAUCGGGUGCCACCUGGGACGCGGCCGAAGCAUGCGCUGGUCGGUGGUUUGCUGGACGUCAGCUUACGUGCAUGGUGGUUAGGUUGGGCGGUGGUUGGCGUGAAGCCAUAUGUGGUCUACACCACCGCCGGCGUUGUCCAAAAGGCGAUUCGAAGUGCAACUUCCUGCACGUUUUCCUGAACCCCGGUGAAACGGUCACUGACUUGCACAAGGCGCUGAAGCUUCAGCUUGGUGAGUUGCCACCUGCCGAACGCGGUCGGGAAAACGCAGAACGGCGACGCCGAAACACUCGGGUAACGAUCAAUAAACUGUUGCAGAAUUACCAAGUAGUCAACUUGGGACAAGGUUUUCCAGAAUGUCUUCCACCUGCGCACUUGUUGGCUAAUCUCAGCGCUCUGGCUUCGCCCAGUGUCAACCCUUUGUUGCAUCAGUACACUCGCUCAAUGGGUCAUCCUCGGUUGGUGACAGUGCUCAGCAAAUUGUACACACCAUUUCUCCGGUGCGAUCCGCAUCGGUAUGCGACCGCAGACGCAGCCCUCCAACGGGAUUCUUUUGCGCCCACACGCGAGAUUGACCCGAUGAAUGAAAUAAUUGUAUCGGUUGGAGCUUACGGAUCUCUGUACGCAGCCAUUUCCUGCCUGAUUAACCCCGGUGACGAAGUGAUUAUCAUGGACCCAAGUUUUGAUUGCUACACUCCGAUGACUGUCGGUGCCGGAGGUAUUCCGGUUCAUGUUGCGUUGAGGCCAACACCGGAUGCCCGUACCAGUAAUGAUUGGAAGCUGGAUCUGAAGGAAUUGGAAUCGAAAAUCACCAAGAAAACAAAGAUGAUCAUUCUGAAUACCCCUCACAAUCCCUUGGGUAAGGUGUUCACUGAAGAAGAACUCGAGAUGAUUGCGGACCUGUGCAUCCGACACGAUUUGGUAUGCGUAUCUGACGAAGUAUACGAGUGGCUUGUUUUCCCGCCGAAUAAACACAUCAAAAUAGCCUCACUUCCAGGCAUGUGGGGUCGAACCUUGACAAUCGGCAGUGCUGGGAAAACAUUCAGCGUGACGGGAUGGAAACUGGGCUGGACCAUAGGCCCGGAGAAAUUUAUUCAAGGGAUGCAGCUACACCAGCAAAACACUGUCUACACUUGUCCCACUCCAACUCAGGAGGCUGUGGCUCGAAGUUUAGAGGAAGAAACGACGCUUUUGUCCACCGGGAAAUCCUAUUUUCACGAGAUGUGUGAUGUUAUCGAACCCAAAGGAAAAACCAUGGUCAAACGAUUGGACCAAAUUGGGAUGCGGGCUCUUCAACCCAUGGGUGGCUACUUUCUGGUCGCUGAUGUGGCCUCGUGGCCGAUACCGAAGGAUCAAUUAGAAGACGAUCCCGCAUUAACUUAUGAUGUUGUGGUGAACAACUGGUUGAUCAAACACAAGGAGGAUUCGACACUUGAAAAGGCGUACAAGGCUCUGGAACAGUAAUCUCUCUAGAAUUUCAAUGAUCUCCAUAUCGGCAAUCAUAAAGGGUACUGAUUCCUCAUCCAAACCGGUUACCGGGCAUAUCAUUGAUUGUUUGUACUGUGCUAAGUUUUCGUACAAAAUUGACUUUCUCCCUUCUUCAUUAUUGGUGGUGCACUUGAAUCUGGGUGGCGAAGACCAGGCUUCGAAACCAAUACAUGUCCGCUGGCGUCUAAGCACGAUGUGUGUGAACGACGGAUAAUAAAUUUCGUUGCGAUGAACUAGACAUCUCAUGGAGAGGAAGUCAGCGCCGCCAAAUAUGAGGUCCCAGUUUUCCGCGCAUCGAUGUCCAGCUGUGGGCAUUCAAUCUGUGGGCGGAUGAAAACCCCAUGGUUGAGAUGGAAAAGGCACGCUUAGCUUCGACAGGAUGGCAUAUGCAUCCAAGCAGUCCAGCUUCGAUUGAUUGCCGGAACUCAUGCUUGUCCCACGAUUGUCGUUCACUUGGAAGUUGUGUAAACACCCUUCACGCUCCAUCAAGGUCACACUGUGAUGUGCAUCCAGACAGAGGGCAGCUCUAUCGUUGUUGUCCCAUAAGGUUGCUGAAAACCUCCAACUUCUUGGGGCUUGCCUUGUCCCCGAAUUCUCAUGAAAAUUGCAGGCUUUAUGGCCAGAA